CUACUGCAAACUCAGAAGGAGCCACUUGCUAAUCUGAAGCUGUCGCGAUUCAAGAGAUACGAGUAAGUAAACAAACAAUCCAUGUAAAAUAUCCUAAACCACACAACCCACAUUUCCAAAAAAAUACUGGCCUUCAGUUUAUAUUUUUAUGUAUUUUUCGGGCUAUAAGGCACACUUAAAAUCCUUAAAUUUCCUCGAAAAUCGGCAGUGCGCCAUAUGGUCCGAAAAAUAAGGUAAACGAUUUGCAACACAUUUGAAUCUUGUACGUGAUUGCAAGUAGUAUAAAUCCAACAUAUCUAAUCAAAUCUGUUUUUCGGUAAAAUGCUGUAACAAAUUUAUUCUUUGAGAAAAUUAAUUUGACCAACGUAUACUCAUUUACAAUUUGAUGCCUUCUAAAUGCCUCCAGUCCCCUUUUCUCACCACUGUAUUGUUGUCAUUUAUAGAUACAAAAUCCACAAUGUCUAAAAGAAAGGCCGACCACGAAACGGAGGCUCCAGUAAAACGGAGGGUCAUUGAGCUUCCCAUUCCUUCCAUGAACUGGAAGGAAGAUGUGUCCAUGGUCAAAGGGCAAAAGCGGAAGGACCAUGGAGAAUGCUCCUCCAUACCAGCAAAGAAAAAGAAACUUUUCGAGCAUGUGCCCAAUGACAGGGAGCAACCAUCCUCCUCCAUGGACACCAUGAAACAAGAUACAUUUCCAGUCAUUUUAAAACAACCCACUGGAUUUGGGGGCAGAGUGACGAGUGACAUGGCGUCUACAAGCUGCAGAAAUGCUGCAAAGAGGCUGGGCAGAGCUCACUGUCCCUACCACCCUGAUGCCUACCUGGUGGAGGACUACUCAGCAGGGGACUUGAUCUGCACUGAAUGCGGCCUUGUUGUAGUUGACCGAUGUAUUGAUGUAGCUGCUGAGUGGAGGGUGUUUUCCAGUGAGGAAGACCUCAAAGACCCAUCCAGAGUGGGAGACGCCCAGAACCUGCUACUCAAUGGAGGAGACUUAACCACCAUGAUCAGCAAGGGAACAGGAGCUGCCAGCUUUGAUGAAUUUGGAAACCCAAAGUACCAAAACAGGCAAACCAUGAGCAGCUCCGACCAGUCCAUGCUCAACACCUUCGAAGCGAUCAGCACCAUGGCGGAUCGCAUCCACCUGAUGGGGAUCAUUGUAGACAGAGCAAACCGCUUAGUCAAGCGGGUUUAUGAACAGAAGAUCCUGAAGGGCCGAGUCAAUGCCAUCGCGUCAGCCUGUCUCUUCAUCGCCUGCAGAGAAGAGGGUGUACCGCGAUCCUACAAAGACAUCUGCGCUGUGUUCGAACUCUCAAUGAAAGAAAUUCGUAGGUGCGUCGGUUUGAUCAUGAGGGGACUACAGAUCGUUUUGGACCCCAUCAAAGCAGAAGACUUUACGCUCCGCUUCUCCUCCAACCUCGGCUUGCCUAAAGAGGUGCAAAAAGCGGCCACCUUCAUCGCCAGGAAGGCUGAGGAGCUCUACCUUGUGCCUGGCAGGUCCCCCGUAUCGGUAGCUGCAGCUGCCAUCUACAUGGCUUCCCAGGCUUCUGCAGAGAAGAAGACUCGGAAAGAAAUUGGAGACAUGGCUGGUGUUGUAGACGUCACGGUCAGAGCGUCUUAUCAACUCAUCUAUCCACGGGCUGCAGAGCUUUUCCCUCCAGACUUCAAAUUUGACACACCUGUUCAUAAACUGCCCCAGCUGUGAAGAAUACUCCUCCUAUGCAGCACCGAAUUUUUCUGCUGUACUGAAAUGGUUAUGAAUAUUUUUUUUCUCUCAUGGUUAAAAUUUUAUUGUGAAGAAAUUUACAAAGUCACUAGAAAAAACAUUUCCUGCAGAAAAUGCAAUGUGAAUGCUGAACACUAUUGUUGUCAUGUUCAGUUUUGCUCCCCCUUAUCUCAUCAGUGUAAUUUGGUUCACCUGUGUUCCCUCCUGUUUCCACUUCUCUCAUUAGCCCUCCUGUGUAUUUAAGUUCUGUGUUUUCUAUGCCUGUUGUUGCAUUGUCAUUUGUUCCCCUGCUGUUUUUGCCUUUGCUCCUGGAAUUCAAGGCAAGUUUUUUUUUUUUUUUUGGGUUAUCCUUAAUUUGCUGCUGGUUCUAUCCAGCACUUGCCAAUAAAUUGAUAUUUUACCUCCAUCUGGUGUAUCCUGAAUCUACACUAUAUUGCCAAACAUAUGCACUCUUCCAUCUUAAUCCCUGAAUUCAGGUAUUCCAGUCACUUCCAUGGCCACAGGUGUAUAAACCAAGCACCUAGGCAUGCAGACUGAUCCUACAAACAUUUGAGAAAGAAUGGGUCGCUCUCAGGAGCUCAGUGAAUUCCAGCGUGGUACGGUGCAACAAGUCCAGUCUUUAAAUUUCCUCACUACUAAAUAUGCCACAGCCAUUGGGAAUGACAGUGUCUCACAGUG